AUGAUUACUAUGAUUGCAAUGAUCAUCUAUUUCAUCAUUGUUGUACCUACUCUAAUAAAAAAAACAUCAUCAAAUUCAACAUUGACUUAUGAUAAUCAUGAUUUGAAACAUCAACUAUUGAUAAUGAAGGAAAAAAAUAAAAACAAUGAAUUUAUCAUUGAACAACCAUCUAUGAAUAUAUUAACAAAUGACGCUAAUAGUAAAAUAAUACUAAAAGAAUCACAUAAAAAAAUAUCAUCUGAGGCACGUUUACGUUAUUCAUUUAUUGAUAUUGAUCAUCUUAAUGUUGACAUUAAUUAUCUUGAUGAAGAAUAUCGUCCAUCACAGCAAUUAAAUAUCAAUCUUCCAUAUGCAAAAAGUCAUCCAUACUCACAUAUAGUUAAUGUAAAAGGUGAUUCAACCGUUAUUAUAUAUAAUCGACUACCACAAUGUUAUGAAUUUACUAUGGGAUUAUUAUUAAAAGAUAUAUCUCGUCUUCAUUCAUACACUUAUAUAUCAAGUCAAAUAUAUGAACCAUUUUCUUAUAAUAAAUCUGCAUUGAUAUCAAUAGCACGAUCAUUAAAUAAACAUACAUGUAAACAAUUAUUAUAUGAACGACAAAUAUAUUUUUUUGAUUUUUAUGCAUUACUAUUUCCUAAUCAUCCUGUAUGGAUUACUUUAAUUCGUGAUCCCAUAUUUCAAGUAGCAGCAGAAUAUGAACGUUCACGUGAACUUUGUCGAACGAAAAAUCGUUGCUUUGUACAAGUAGAUACAAUAAAAGAAACACUUGAUGAAUGUGUUAUAAAACGAUCACCAAAAGAAUGUAUUUCAUCUCAAUAUGGUAUUACACGAAUGUUACCAUUUUUUUGUGGAUUAAAAUAUCCAGCUCUAUGUCAAGAAGAAAGUGAUCAAGCAUUAGAACAAGCAAAAGAAAAUAUUAAUUUUUUCUAUACAGUUGUUGGUAUUGCAGAAGAAUUUUAUAAAUUUUUAUACGUUCUUGAAAAACUUCUACCACAAUAUUUUCAAUUUGCUCGCCUUCUAUUUAUGAAUCAACGAGAUUCAAAAGUAUUGGUUGAUGAAAGAGAUUUGAAUAUUCAACUUCCAAAUGAAAACACAAUCAAACUUCUUAUGCCACUUCUUAAAUAUGAAUAUGAUUUAUACAAUUAUAUUAAAGAACGAUUUUUAGAUCAAUAUAAUAUACUAGUUGAGCUUGAUAGUUGA